UGAAAGUGCCCCUCAGCCAGGAGCCUAGGGCUCUAGUCUGCCUUCAAGAUGGUGGGUGAAGGCCCCUACCUUAUCUCAGAUCUGGAUCGGCGAAGCCAGCAGAGGUCCUUUGUGGAGAGAUAUAUUCCAAGCCUGAAGACCAUGAUUCCAGUGAGACCCCAUGCAAAGCUGGCCCCCAACCCCGUGGAUGAUGCUGGGCUGCUCUCCUUUGCCACAUUCUCCUGGCUCACGCCGGUGAUGAUGAGCAGCUACAGGCACACACUGACCGUGGACACCUUGCCUCCGAUGUCCCUGUAUGACUCGUCCGACAUCAACGCCAAAAGGUUUCGAAUUCUUUGGGAUGAAGAGGUAGAAAAGGUUGGGCCUGAGAAGGCCUCUCUGGGCCGGGUGGUCUGGAAAUUUCAGAGAACCCGCGUUCUGAUGGACAUCGUGGCCAACAUCCUGUGCAUCGUCAUGGCUGCCAUUGGGCCGACGGUUCUCAUUCACCAAAUCCUCCAGCAGACUGAGAACAUCUCCAAGAAUGUCUGGGUUGGCGUCGGCCUGUGCGUAGCGCUUUUUGCCACCGAGUUUACCAAAGUCAUCUUUUGGGCGCUUGCCUGGGCCAUAAAUUACCGCACGGCAAUCCGGCUGAAGGUGGCCCUCUCCACUGUGGUGUUCGAAAACCUGGUGUCCUUCAAGACGCUGACACACAUCUCUGUUGGUGAGGUGCUCAAUAUACUCUCAAGUGAUAGCUAUUCCUUGUUUGAAGCUGCCUUAUUUUGUCCCUUGCCAGCCACCAUCCCUAUCCUAAUGGCUGUUUGUGCCGUGUAUGCCUUUUUCAUUCUGGGCCCCACAGCGCUCAUCGGGAUAUCUGUGUAUAUCCUAUUCAUCCCCAUCCAGAUGUUUAUGGCUAAGCUCAAUUCAGCUUUCCGACGAUCAGCUAUUUCAGUGACCGACAAGCGAGUUCAGACAAUGAAUGAGUUUCUGACCUGCAUCAAGCUGAUUAAAAUGUACGCCUGGGAGAAAUCUUUCACCAACACCAUUCAAGACAUAAGGAAGAGGGAAAGGAAAUUACUGGAGAAAGCUGGGUAUGUCCAAAGCGGAAAUUCGGCCCUGGCGCCCAUUGCCUCCACCAUAGCCAUCGUGUUGACCUUCUCCUGCCACAUUCUCCUGAGACACAAACUCACCGCCCCGGUGGUAUUUAGUGUGAUCGCCAUGUUUAAUGUCAUGAAGUUUUCCAUCGCAAUCCUGCCUUUCUCGGUCAAAGCGGCGGCCGAAGCCAGUGUCUCUCUAAGGAGAAUGAAGAAAAUUCUCAUAGAUAAAAGUUCCCCAUCUUACAUCACCCAACCAGAAGACCCAGACACUGUCUUGCUUUUAGCAAAUGCCACCUUGACAUGGGAGCAAGAAGCCAGCAAGAAAAGUGACCCAAAAAAUGUGCAGAGCCACAAAAAACAUUUUCUCUGGAGACAGAGGCCGGAGGUGUAUAGUAUGAGUUCAUCAGCCCAGGACAUCGCUGGCCCCAAGGAACAAAGAAGCAGCCCCAAGCCGGCUCUGCACAAUAUAAACUUUGUGGUGAGAAAGGGGAAGGUGUUGGGAAUAUGCGGGAAUGUGGGGAGUGGAAAGAGCUCCCUCAUCGCUGCUCUCCUGGGACAGAUGCAGUUACAGCAAGGCACCGUGGCUGUCAACGGGACUCUGGCCUAUGUCUCCCAGCAAGCCUGGAUCUUUCACGGAAAUGUUAGAGAAAACAUCUUAUUUGGAGAAAAGUAUGACCACCAAAGGUAUCAGCAGACGGUCCGCGUCUGUGCCCUCCAGGAGGACCUGAGCAGCCUCCCCUACGGAGACCUGACCGAGAUCGGGGAGCGGGGCCUCAACCUCUCGGGGGGCCAGAGGCAGCGCAUCAGCCUGGCCCGGGCCGUCUACUCUGACCGUGAGCUCUACCUGCUGGACGACCCCCUGUCGGCCGUGGACGCCCACGUGGGGAAGCACGUCUUUGAGGAGUGCAUUAAGAAGACGCUGCGGGGGAAGACGGUCGUCCUGGUGACCCACCAGCUGCAGUUCUUGGAGUCUUGUGAUGAAGUCAUUUUGUUAGAGGAUGGAGAGAUCUGUGAAAAAGGAACCCACAAGGAGUUAAUGGAGGAGAGAGGGUGCUAUGCAAAACUGAUUCACAACCUCCGAGGCUUGCAAUUCAAGGAUCCUGAGCACCUUUACAAUGCAGCGAUGGUGGAAGCCCUUAAGGAGAGUCCUGCCGAGAAAGACGAAGAUGCUGCUUUGGCUCCAGGAGUUGAGAAAGACGAAGGAAAAGAAACAGCGGCAGACUCAGAAUUUGCAGAUGCAAAAGUUCCUCUGCACCAGCUCGUCCAGAACGAAUCCCCCAAGGAAGGGACUGUGACCUGGAAAACGUAUCACACUUAUAUCAAAGCUUCCGGAGGGUACCUGCUCUCUCUCUGUGGAGUAUCCCUGUUCCUCCUGAUGAUCGGCAGCUCCGCCUUCAGCAACUGGUGGCUGGGUCUCUGGUUAGACAAGGGCUCACAGAUGACCUGUGGGUCCCUGGGCAACGGGAGCCCAUGUGAGGUUGGCGCUGUGCUGGCCGACACCGGGCAGCACCUGUACCAGUGGGUGUACGCGGCCAGCAUGGUGUCCGUGCUGGUGUUUGGCAUCGCCAAAGGCUUCACCUUCACCAAGACCACCCUGAUGGCCUCCUCCUCACUGCAUGACCAAGUGUUUGACAAGAUCUUAAAGAGCCCGAUGAGCUUCUUUGACACGACUCCCACUGGCAGGCUAAUGAACCGCUUUUCCAAGGAUAUGGACGAGCUGGAUGUGAGGCUGCCGUUUCACGCGGAGAACUUUCUGCAGCAGUUUUUUAUGGUGCUGUUUAUCCUCGUGAUCUUGGCUGCCGUGUUUCCUGCUGUUCUCUUAGUCCUGGCUUGCCUGGCUGUGGGCUUCCUCAUUCUCCUGCGCAUUUUCCACAAAGGCAUCCAGGAGCUCAAGAAGGUGGAGAACAUCAGCCGGUCCCCCUGGUUCUCUCACAUCACCUCGUCCAUGCAGGGCCUGGGAAUCAUCCACGCCUAUGACAAACAGGAGGACUGCAUCACCAAGUUUAAGAUGCUAAAUGAUGAAAACUCCAGCCAUCUCCUAUACUUUAACUGUGCUCUCAGGUGGUUUGCUUUAAGAAUGGAUGUCCUCAUGAACAUCGUCACCUUCAUUGUGGCUCUGUUGGUCACCCUGAGUUUCUCCUCCAUCAGUGCCUCAUCCAAAGGACUGUCAUUGUCUUACAUCAUCCAGCUGAGCGGGCUGCUCCAAGUGUGUGUGCGAACAGGAAACGAGACCCAGGCCAAGUUCACCUCCGUGGAGCUGCUCAGGGAGUAUAUUUCGGCCUGUAUUCCUGAACGCAUUCACCCCCUCAAAGUGGGAAGCUGUCCCCAAGACUGGCCCAGUCGAGGGGAUAUAACAUUCAGAAACUAUCAGAUGAGGUACAGAGACGACACUCCUCUUGUUCUCAACGGGCUGAACUUGAGCAUCCAAAGUGGGCAGACGGUGGGGAUUGUCGGAAGAACAGGUUCCGGGAAGUCCUCUCUGGGCAUGGCUUUGUUUCGUCUUGUGGAGCCGGCCGGUGGCACCAUCUUCAUCGACGAGGUGGACAUCUGUACCGUGGACUUGGAAGACCUCCGAACCAAGCUGACUGUGAUCCCCCAGGACCCUGUCCUGUUUGUAGGUACAGUAAGGUACAACCUGGACCCCUUUGGGAAUUACACGGAUGAGAUGCUUUGGCAGGUCCUGGAGAGAACAUUCAUGAGAGACACAAUAAUGAAACUCCCGGAAAAAUUACAGGCAGAAGUCACAGAAAAUGGAGAAAACUUCUCAGUGGGGGAGCGUCAGCUGCUUUGUAUGGCCCGAGCGCUUCUCCGUAAUUCAAAAAUCAUUCUCCUCGAUGAAGCCACCGCCUCCAUGGACUCCAAGACUGACAGCCUGGUUCAGAGCACUAUCAAAGACGCCUUCAAAGGCUGCACAGUGUUGACUAUCGCCCACCGCCUCAACACGGUCCUCAAUUGUGACCUCGUCCUGGUCAUGGCAAAUGGGAAGGUGGUGGAGUUUGACAAGCCUGAAGUUCUUGCAGAGAAGCCCGAUUCUGCAUUUGCAAUGUUGCUAGCUGCAGAAAACAAAAGUCAGAUUCUCAAGACUGUAUCAGCUGAUUUUUGA